CUUUCUACCCAAGUAGCGACCACCUGCUUGACGCUCGGUAUUCGCUCCCAGCGUAAGGCCGCAGUGGAGGAUAUAUAGCGACAGAGUAUCCUUUGCAAGCAACAACUCGCAUGUUUUCGGGGUCCCAGUCCUGCGUUAAGCUCCCCUUAAAGAAAGAAGAUACCACGUGAAACCAUGACCCCAGACACAACAACCAGCCCCAAGCCCACCGGUGUCCACCUCGUCGGUAGCAUCUGCGGCACCGCCACAUCAGCCUCGGCUUUCUACAAAGCUCUAACCUCCUUCCCCAACCGCCUCCGUCGCCUACCAGAUGGCGAGCCCGCCCACCGCUCCACUUUCGUCGGCUGGCAAAUGGGCGUCUUCGCGCACACGCCCGACGUCCUCCGCAAAUACGACGACGCCAUUAACUGCAUCCAACAGGCCCCCGUUCCUGUCGCCGAAGUUACAAAAAUCGUAGCAAACAUGCCGCCGCUGGAGCCGGGCUACGACGACGCGGCCCUGGAAUCGUAUGCUGAGUUCAAGAAGCUGAAAGAGGAGGGUAAGAUUCCGAAGGGGGCUAGGUUCCAAGUGUGUCUCCCGACCGUGUUCUGCGUGAUUUGUCUUAUCCGCGAGGGGUUCCAAGAGCCUGUGGAGCCUGUGUAUGAGGAAGCCUUGCUGGGGUGCUUGCGGCGCAUUGAAGAGGUUGUUCCGAGUGAGGAGCUGGCGGUCCAGUGGGAUAUUGCGGGGGAGCCGAUGACGCUCGAGGGAGCUUUCCGGCCGCACUUUGAGCCGUGGUUUGCCAAGGGCGAGAGCCGUGAGGUUCUGCUGGAUGAAAUUGUGGGCAGGAUUGCGAGACUGGUUGGCAAAGUGAAACAAGGCGCCGAAGUCGGCAUGCACAUCUGCUACGGGGAUUGGGGACAUAAGCACUUUGUCGAACCUAAAGACACCGGGCUCAUGGUUGAGAUAGCAAAAGGGGUUAUAGACCGUGCGGAGCGCAAGGUUCAAUGGGUCCACAUGCCAGUACCAAAGAGUAGGGAUGACGAAGCGUACUUUCUGCCCCUGAAGGAUUUUGGGUUUGAGGAGACGGAGCUGUACCUAGGGUUGGUGCAUGCAAAUGAUAGGGAGGGCACGGAUAGAAGGUUGAAGACAGCGCAGGACGUACUGGGAGGUCGGAAUUUUGGCAUUGCGACGGAGUGCGGGUUGGGGAGGACACCCGUCGAGGAUUUGGCGGAGAUUGCGGAGAUUUGUUGCGAUAUCUCGGCGCCAGUGACCUGACCUGGUAAGGAGCCGUCAGCGAUUAUAGCUCGGUGGACAGGGAACAGCGUACAGUCGGAGUAACAUCUGCGAUUCAAUAAAGCCAAGUGGCAUUCCCGAGUGCUGUGA